AUGGAGGGAGCUCAUUCACUUCGGACCGCUGAGCUGAAUGACAGCUCCAGCCUGUGGGCUGCCAUGCCCUCGGGCCCCAGCAGGCAGCUGGGCACUCUCCCCAAUUCCCAGACGCGCUUCAAGGACCUGUCGGGGAUCUUCUUCAUGGUGACCCUGAAUGUUUUGGCUCUUCUGGCCAACACCGCCGUGCUGGUGGUGGUCAUCAAAGCCCCUCACCUCAGGAAGUUUGCCUUCGUGUGCCACCUAUGUGCGGUGGACCUGCUGUGUGCCAUAUUGCUCAUGCCUCUGGGGAUUGUGUCCAACUCCCCGUACUUUGCUGGCAUAGUAUUCACCGUGCUGGAGUGCCAGAUCUACGUGUUUCUCAACGUGUUCCUCAUUGCCGCCUCCAUCUUCACCAUCACAGCCAUCAGUGUGGAGCGGUACUACUACAUCGUCCAUCCCAUGCGCUACGAAGUCAAGAUGACCCUGAAGUUGACGGCGGCUGUGAUGGUACUGGUGUGGGUGGCCUCCGCCGUACUGGGGUUGUCGACCGUGUUUGGUUGGCCGUCGUACGGCAGCCUGAGCUCCAUCAGCGCCUCGCACUGCUCGCUGCACUGGAGCCACAGCGACCACAGGCGGGCCUUCUCGGUGCUCUUUUGUGUGGCCUGCUUCUGUCUACCCGCUGUUGUUAUUUUUGCUGUCUAUUGCAACGUGUAUAAGGUGGCCCGAGUGGCUGCCCGCCAGCACAGACCCCUGCCUUCAUGGACAGCCAGCCAAAUGAAACACCGCUCAGACUCAAUCAACAGCCAGACUACCAUCAUCACCACCCGUAAUGCCCCCCGCAGGACGGCCUGUGACCGGCCUUUUGGAGGCAGUAAGGCUGCUCUCACCCUAGUGGUUAUUGUUGGCCAGUUUCUGGUCUGCUGGCUUCCUUACUUUGCCUUCCAUCUCCAUCUGACCCUCGAUGCCUCGCCCAAGAUCCCCGACGAUUUGGAGGAGGCCGUCACCUGGCUCGCAUAUUCCUCCUUUGCCAUCAAUCCGUUUUUUUAUGGGCUUCUUAAUCGGCAGAUCAGGGAGGAGCUUUGUAAACUGCGGCGCUGUUACUCGGCCCGGCCCGUGGAGCUCGCUGUCUCCAGCCACGAAGGCUCCGGCCAUGAGAACUUCCUGCAGUUCCUCCACAGGACAAGCUGUACGGCGGAAACCCGGGCUAGCUUUGCCACUUCCAGCCCGAGGAGCACUCUGGACCAGACUGGACAGGCUGCUUUUAGGAUACCGGGGCAAAUUCCAGAGGAAUUCAAUUAG